UUCCCAUUAGUCGAGUGAAAGACUUCGUUCGGUUAGUAUACGUUGUUAGAGUUUAAAACGCGAUCUUGGUCAUUAAGAAAAAUUCUGUUGAGUAAGAUUUUGCGCGUUGUUGGUUUUCGAUCGAAUUUUCGGUUCGAUUUGAUAUUUGAUCAGUGUGCGUAGGUUUGUAAUUGAAUUAACUUUACACAAAAAAACUUAUAACCGAUUGGUAUUUCGUUUAAAUUUAUUUAUUUUUUGUCUGCAUUCGUUGAUUUCCAUCAAAAACGUGUGCAGGCAGUGAACGCUUUGACGGAGACACAGAUAUAUAAUUUGAACAAAAAACAAUAAAAUAAAUUAAUUUUUUUUUUGUUGAAAUAUAAAUACCUGCAACUGACAUUAUUAACUGGGAUUUUAUAAAUAAUAAACAAAAAAAACAACAACACACAACGUUACCAUAAGAGUGUAUAAAUGGAUAAAUGGAUUUGAAAGGCUGUAGUAGCUGUUUGUAAGAAUACAUAUCCAAUCAAGGAUACCAUAAUAAGCUAUGGAUUACAAUCGCCAACGGAAUGGCGCCGACUCAGAUCAAACCGAUCACUCAUAUCCAUAUAAAAAUGAAGUAUCCCUGUCGAUAAGCGAUGACCAGCCCGCAAUCAUUACGCCAACACCAUCACCACGAUCACAGAAAUCGGAUGAAACGAAUCCACCGCAAAGUAUGGAUAACGUUGCAUUGACCAAGCCGAAUGGCAGUGCGAAAGAAAGUCGAACCGGUUUGGACAAUCCUGGAUUUGAAGUGGAACCGACAAAAACACAACGACCAUUAAGCUCGUUCGGUAAUGGUCAUCACUCAGACCAAUUGAAAGCACCAAAUGGAAAGAAUAAUGGAACCACUGAGAUACCAUUAACAGAAGCUGUGAAUUUAGAAUUAGUAAAUCUUAAUAAACCAACAAAUGGCCAUGAUAAUGGGUUACCACAUAAAAAAGAUGUUCAAGUGGACGUAGGCGACCCGUAUGACGAAUAUUUUGUUCCUGUUAACGAACAUAGGAAAUAUAUGAGUGUAUCCUUUGGUAAAAAACGCGAUAAACACGAUAAACGUGGAGUAGAUCAUUGGGGCCAUUCAUUCAAUGAGCCGGUUCAAGGAUUUGUGGAUUAUAAAAACUGGAAAAAAGUCUCGAGGGGCGAGAAACUCUAUGUGACAAAAGACAAAAGAAUUAAGUCGAAAUGGAGAAAAUACCUUUGCUGGGCGAUUUGUUUGUCACUGUUAGCAGGUGCUGUCUUAAUUGGAAUUUUAGCAGCAACUGGUGUAAUUUUAAGUAGUGAUCCAACACCCAUAGAGUCAAGACAAUUUGCAGAAGAGAAGAAUGUUGCAGUUGCGUCAUUUGGUGGUGGUAAGUCAAAUAAUACUUCAACGACGUCAUCAACUACAGCUCCAACAACAACUCAACCGCCGGAUCUACCAUUAACUGUUCCUGUAGUCGUUGCAACUGAGGACACUGUUAUCUAUGUACCGAAUACCGUGGAUGCGUCAUUGAAGAUAACAAAUUUGGAAUUCAGAGACGAUUACAAUGAUCAUGAGAGUGGGGCAUAUAAAUCUCUGACCAAAAGUCUGGAAGAUGAAUUGAAGAAAUCAAUAAUUGAGACCGUUGAUGAUGUCCAUGUUAAAAUUAUGAAUCUCAGUUCUGGUUCGGUCGUAGUGGAUUACCGAGUUAGUUGGAACGAAAACUCAGACAGCCUAUUUACACCCGACACUCUACUGAAUACGGUAUCCGACUAUUUGGCAUCACAUGGUGGAUAUUUCAAUAAUGAAUAUCAGAUUCCUGUAAAUUCAAUAAAAAUGGCUAAACUGGUCGAUGCGUGCUCAAUGCACUCGCUGAGCUGCGCACACGGCUGUGAGUUUGAUCAAAAUAUGAUCGAUUUCGCUUGCACUUGUCCAGAAAAUAUGGAGCUAAGCGAAGACUUAACCAAUUGUCAAGUAAAACGGGUAUCCAGUAUAAAUGCUUACGAAGUGACUAGUCGAGCUAAGUUCGGCGAUCACGUGGAAAGUCCUCAGCCGGAACCAGAACCAAAAUCAGAGCCGGAACCUUCAUCUGAACCGGAACCUUCAUCUGAACCGGAACCUUCAUCUGAACCGGAACCUUCAUCUGAACAGGAGCCUUCAUCUGAACCAGAACCUUCAUCUGAACCGGAACCUUCAUCUGAACCGGAACCUUCAUCUGAACCGGAACCUUCAUCUGAACCGGAACCUUCAUCUGAACCGAAACCUUCAUCUGAACCGGAACCUUCAUCUGAACCGGAACCUUCAUCUGAACCGGAACCUUCAUCUGAACCGGAACCUUCAUCUGAACCGGAACCUUCAUCUGAACCGGAACCUUCCUCUGAAUCGAAACCUUCUUCAGAACCUGAACCUUCUUCAGAACCUGAACCUUCUUCAGAACCUGAACCUUCUUCAGAACCGGAACCUUCUUCAGAACCCGAACCUUCAAAGCCAGUUGCUAACGAAACGAUAAUACAAGAAAUCCGUUCCAAGUUAGGUAAAGAGCUUGUUCUAGAUUCGGAUCUUGAAGUGACUAGUCAACCAACGAGCGAACCUGAACCUACGAGUGAGCCUGAGCCAUCAAGCGAGCCAGAACCAUCAAGCGAGCCAGAACCAUCAAGCGAACCAGAACCAUCAAGCGAACCAGAACCAUCAAGCGAACCUGAACUAACGAGUGAACCUGAACCAACGAGUGAACCUGAGCCAUCGAGUGAACCUGAACCAUCGAGUGAACCUGAACCAUCGAGUGAACCUGAACCAUCAAGCGAACCAGAGCCAACCAGUAAUACUGAAUCAUCUAGCGAACCAGAACCAACUAGUGAGCCAGAACCGGCAAAAAAACCUGAGCCAACGAGUAGACCGCAACCGUCAAGCAAACCAGAACCAUCAAGCGAACCAGAACCAUCAAGCGAAGCAGAACCAUCAAGCGAACCAGAACCAUCAAGUGAACCGGAACCAACAAGUAAACCGGAGCCAGAACCAUCAAGCGAACCUAAUACCACAAGCGUGCCUGAACCAACAGUCGAAACAAAUGAACCGGUAAAUGGAAACAAGUCUAUCAAUGUAGUAUCUAUUUCAAGCUCUACGGAAACUAAAUCGGAACAAUCUGAACCGUCAACUCAAACGGAGCACAAUUCAAAAGAGGAUUCUUUUUCUGAAACAGUAGUGGGCAGUCAAAACUCAAUUACGGAAGCUGAUAAAAAGCAACAAUUCACGUACGAAUUUUCAACGACAGAAAGAAAUGAGAAUUCAGUCAAUCGGCCGAUAAUGCUUCCUAAUUCGUCUGAAUCAACUACUGAUACCAGUAGCGAUGAUGAAAAGGUCGCACCGGUUACUGAAAAUAUAACCGACGAUACGCCAAUGCCGACAGAAACGUAUUUCAAGGCACCUCGAAUUAUCGAAAUGCGUCAAGAUGAGAUAAACGUCAUGGACGGUUCCACAACACAAAGGAACGAAGAAACAAGCCCGGUGACGUUCUAUGCCAAACCGAAUUUAAUUGAUGUCGCUCAUGAAUCGUCAUCUGAACUAUCUCCUUUCCUAACUACCACUCAGCCGUCAUCCGAUCGCAAAGCCAUGUAUGCGGUGACGGAAAAUGUUGCUGAAGCUGAUACGGUUCCAUCAAAUCAAUUAUUGGAUCAAUCGCCAUUUUUACCAGAAGGUGUGAACAAUGCCACGUUGUUGAAUAUUCUAAACGCGGGUCACGAUGGUCAGGACACUUCAUUGGUUGAUCAAAAUGAUACCAUUGACAAUGCGGUGACUAGAGAAGAUAUUAAGGAAAAAACGAAGAAACCACGACUAGAUGACGAUGAAAACCACGAACACAAUCCUAUCGACGAUGACUAUCACAAAGACAAAUUUGGUGGAGUUACCGUAUCACCGAUCCUACUAUCUGUGAUUCCCCUAGAACAAGCCACACCAAGGAAUGAACUCAUUCGCAAGGAUGACGAUGAUGAUCUUGAUAUUGAUCAUAUAACCGAUACAGCAGACAUAUCGACGGAAGACGAAAGUAUUAGCGAAACAACACUGCGCAUUGAACCAUCGUCCACUACCGCAGAGGAUCGUGAUAACAAAAUCACUAGACUGGUUGAAGUGACAACAGUAAGUGAUAGCGACGUUGAUAACGAUACGGAAAAGGAGAAAGAUGACGAUACUGCUCAUACGGAAUUGCCAUUAAACAUCAGAGAAAGUGAAACCGAAUCAACUACCGACAUGAACUCUGCUACUUCUGCAAAAACGAUUGAGAUUGCUUCCUCACCAAUCAGUGACGCUAUCAAUGACAUAUACGAAUCCAGUGAAAAAUACUCGAAAUCGGGCAGCCUGUACGACGACCAAUAUUCUAGGCUGAAUGACAACGACCUCAAAGUCAUACCGUUGAGUAAAGAGAACAAGAAAUCUGAUCGGAUAAUUGAUGUGGGCCAGUCAACGACAAAACCAAACGAGCUUGAGGACACCAACGAACAAUCGACUACCGGUCAUUUUUUAGAGUCAGCGACGUUUCAGUCGAUCAAUAAAUCGAUUGAAGCGUCCAGAAGCUCGGAUAGUGACGACAGUCACGACAAUUUAGAUAAUAAGGGUGAGAUGACGGUUGAUAGAAGGGAAGAUUUUAAAUUGGACGGUAUCGCGACGUUCUCCCGUUGUACAGCGGGUCAAUUCGAGUGUACAAAUGGAACUUCAUUCAAGGAUGGUACACCUUGUAUAGCACUUAGCGAAAGAUGUGAUUCAAUAGCUCAAUGCACUGAUAAUUCUGAUGAGGUUGACUGCGAACGACUCGGUUGCCCUGGGCAUUUUCAAUGCAAAGAUGGAACUUGUUUGGGACGACACUUGGUCUGUGAUGGCAAAAUAAAGCACUGCAGCGAUGGUAGCGAUGAACUGAAUUGUGAAAAUUGGAAAUGUAAUUUUGAUGAAAUAUCGUGCAGUCCCAAUGGCCCAUGUUUACCGGCACUGUGGCAGUGCGAUGGUCUUGAACAUUGCCCGAACGGCGCUGAUGAGACUAAUUGUCCAGAUGCAUGCAAGAACAAUGAAUUUUUCUGCUCCAUUCAACGGCGAUGCAUUCCCGAAGUGUGGAAAUGUGACGGAGAAAUUGAUUGCACGGAGGGUGAAGACGAACGAAUAUGCGACUGUUCAUUGGACAGUUUCAAAUGUCGAACUGGAGGCGGCUGCAUUCCAUUGAAGUAUGUUUGCGAUGGUAAUCCACAAUGUCCAGACUUUUCCGACGAGUGGCAAUGUUUCAAAACUGACGAGACAAACAUUGUGUUGGCGAACUCUACCGACGAAUCUAGUGGUACCAGCACCGAAUCCGAAGUGCACAAAAUCUUAAGCAUUAAAAAAUCGAAUGGGCAGCAUAUGAUGGUGUGCGCAAACGAUUGGCAUCAAAACUACUCGAACGCCAUUUGCUCCAAAUUGGGAUUCGGUGCUGCCGAACAAUGGUCAGCAAUAUAUUUGGCUGAAACGCAAGCGAAUGCAACGUUCUUUAGACUGCGAGAUUCUCUCGACAAUAGCAUAUUGACCAAUUUGUAUGAGGUCGAUCACUGUGAGGACGGAGUUGUUGCCCUGCAAUGUGCGCAAUUUGAAUGCGGCAAAUUUUUAGAGUUAGAAAGUCUGAAAGGGAAAAAAUCUAACUCAACCAAUGUCCCUAGUCUUGCAGUAGCUGUGAGUGGAACAGUUCGGUGUACGGCAACGAUAGUUGCACCACAAUGGGCGCUGGCAAGUUACUCGUGUGUAAUGGGUAAAUCGAAGAAAAUUAUCGAAAACGAAGACGUGCCAUGGAAGCUAGAAGUGGGAUUGACUGUAAAUGAAACGACUCAAGUGCCAAUCGUUCGCAUCCAUAAGUACCCUCAAGCAAAAUUCAAACACUUCUUCUACUCUGGUGAUGCUGUGCUCUUGGAAUUAUCGGAACCGUUAACGUUUUCCGAUAGCAUUUCGCCAGUUUGCCUGUCUGAUAGAGUGAUGAAGAAAUCGCAAAUUUGUAUGGUUGCAGGAUUUGGUCUCAGUUCGUUAAGAGAUCUUCAAAAAACAAUCGGCAAAGAGUUGGUCAGUUCAAGUAAUUACAUGUACGUUAAUCAGUGCAACUCGACGAAUCAAUUUGCCGGCUCACUGUCCGAUGAUGCCAUUUGUUCAGAACAUUACGGAAGUUACGUGAACGAUACGUGCUAUAAUGAUGAAGGUUCACCACUAUUGUGUCUCACUGAUACACCACCAUCAAUGUGGACGUUACAGGGUAUCCUUGGCUACCAUGGUAACUGUGGCGAGCAACCCGAAUCGGCUGUUUACACAUCGAUACCGAAAAAGCUACUGAAUUGGAUUGUCAACACCGUUGGCAAUGAAGCAAUAGUAAAAAAGUCAUAGAAAGCGAAGCAGAAUUUUUAUUGUUAAAUAUUAUUGAACAAACGAGCAGAUGAAAUGGAACAUAAAAUUCCACAAAAAAGGGAAAACUUUUAAUAAUUCGAAAUAUGAAUCCAUCCAUUGUACAGUUACGAUUUUAGUUAUUUUAUUUGGUAAAAUUAUUCGAAAAAAUGUUAUUACUUAAUUGAUUAAUAAAAUUUUAUUAAUUUUUAAUUUAAAGUUAAUCAUGCACUUGGUACUUUAUGUCCUCGUUUAAUCAAAUGUCUUUUCGAUGAUAUAAGUUACUGAAGAUAUUGAUGUUACAUAUUUAGGUCUAGGAGAGGAAAAAAUCAUGUUAAAUAUUUUAAAUAAAAAUUUAAAAACAAAA